AUGAUGCGCCGCCACGUGCGCGGCGCGCGCCUCGCCUAUUGGACCGGCGCGCUGCUGCCUCUCGCGCGCGCGCUCGGCGGGCGCUCCGCGGCGGCGGCGGCCGCGGGCGACAAGCUGGUCGCGCUGCACUGCCACACGCUGGAGGCGCAGCUCUGGGCGGCGCUGCCGGCGUUCUGCUCGUGGCCGGCCGACGCGGCCGCCGCGUACCCUGCGGCGGCCAAGGACUGGGCGUCUGCGUUCCACGGCCGGGAGGACCUGCGCGCCCCGGUGGCCGCGGCGCUCGAGCGCCUGUGCCGCCAGGCGCGCGCGGCGGCGAUCGCGGCCGGCGACGACAGCCUGCUGCCGCCGGGGGAGACGCGCGGCGGCGGCAGGGAGGCGCGGCCGCGGCCGCGGGCCGCGGCGGCUGCAGGGGCGGGGCCGGGCGACGACGAAGAUGGCGGCGGCUCGGGUUCAGACAAGGCAGAGGGCGGCAGCGACGGCGGCGGCAUCGACAGCGAUGACGAGUAUGGGGCCCCGGGCGGCGGCCGCGGUGGCGCCGCCUCGGCUGCGGCCGACGACGCCGGCGCCGGUGCCGUCGGCGGCGCGGCGCCCGCGUGGUUUGACGGCGCCCGCGCGGCCGCGCAGCUGGCGGCGCUGCGGCCGCUGGCGCGCAACUGGCUGCCGCUGCUGCUGACGACGUUCCUGGCGUCGGAGCCGGAGGCGCGCGCGCCGAUUGCAGCGGCGGUGGGGGCGUACUCGUCCAUAUCUGACCCCACGCUGGUGGCGGCCCUGUUCCGCUCCGCCCUGGGCAAGCUGGUCAAGAUCCAGCGCGACGCCGCCGCAGAGGUUCCGCCGCCUGACGAGGUGACGGAGGGAGGCUCCACGCCGCAGGAGCGCGCCGGCGCGUUCCUGGAGGCCGCGCUGGCCCUGGCCGUGGAGGGCCCGCUGGACGACGGCGCGCUGGCCGCCCUGGUGGCCGCCGCCAAGCCGCUGGUGCUGGGCCCCGACACGCUGCUGCAGAAGAAGGGCUACAAGGUCCUCGCCUCGCUGGCGGAGCACCGCCCGGCCUGGGCGCGCCGCCAGCUGGCGCCGCUGCUGGACCUGGCCCUGCGCGGCGCGGCCGCCAGCGCCAGCUCGGCCAAGCGCUACCGCCUGCGGCUGCUGCGGCCGCUGAUCCUGCUGCUGGACGCGUCCAGCGGCGUCGAGGUGCCCGACCUGCUGGGCCUCGCAGAUGCACCCGGCGUGCCCGGCGGCGCCGCCAUCUCCGCGGCGGUGGGCUCUGACGAGCGGCGCAGCGCCGUGGGCGCGGCGCUCGUGGGCGAGCUGGUGCUGUGCACCAAGGAGGCCAACACCAAGACCCGGGAAGCUGCCUACCAGCUGCUGGUCGAGCUGGCGCACGAGCUGGACGACGCGCGGCCCAUCAGGCUGGAGGGCGGCGGCGCAGGCGACACCAUGGCCGGCAGCGACGACGGCGAGGGCGGCGGCGGUGAGGGGGCGGGGACGCUGACCGGCGGCCUAGUGGACUUUUUCAACGCCGUGCUGGCCGGCAUGGCGGCCGGCACGCCCCAUAUGGUGUCAGCGACCGUGAUGGCGGCGGCGCGGCUGCUGUUUGAGUUCAGCGGCGCGCUGCAGGGCAUGGCGCCGCGCCUGCUGUCGACGGUGUUGCUGCUGCUGCGGUCCCCGAGCCGCGAGGUCGUGAAGAGCGUGCUGGGCUUUGUCAAGGUGGCGGCCAUGAGGCUGCCGGUGGAGACGCUGACGGAGCAGCUGCCGGCCAUCCUUGAGGGGCUGCUGCUGUGGAGUGAUGACAGCAAGAACCGCUUCCGCUUGAAGACCCGCAUGAUCGUGGAGCGCCUGGUUCGGCGCUGCGGCCUCGAGGCCGUGCAGGCCGCCUGCCCCGACAGCGAGUCGAAGCUGGUGGUGCACAUUCGCAAGCAGAACGCGCGGCGGGAGCGGCGGCGGGCGGGGGGCAGCGAGGGCGGCAGCGAGGCCGGGGACGCGCUGGACUCGCGCUCCCAGGGGGGCCGCAGCAGCGCGGGCCGCAGCGCCACCGCGCGCACCGCGCGUGCCAGCGAGUGGGGCCACACCGCCAUCUUUGGCGACGAGGGGGAGGACGACGAGGAGGGCGGCGGCGGCGCCAGCGGCAGGGGCGGCCGCGGCCGUGGCGGCGCUGCGAGCGUGUCUGGCCGCAGCCGCGCGACGGCCCCGGGGGGCCGGGGUGGCGGGCGGCUGCUCGACGGCGGCGCAGGCGGCGAGCCGGUUGACCUGCUGGACGCCACAACAGCACGCCAGCUGUCUCGCGCCGCGGCCGGCGGCGGUGCGGCAGCGGCGCGGCCGCGCGCCGCCGGCGGCGCGGCGGCGUUUGAGACGGGCUCUGACGGGCGCAUGGUGAUCGACGACCCGGAGGAGGAGGAGCGGCGGCGCGCCAAGAAGGCUGCGCUGCGGGCCAAGCGCAAGCGCGGGGGCGAGGAGUUCUUCAUCGACUCUGACGACUCGGACUACGAUGACCUGCGCGGCUAUGGCCCCGGCAUAGAACGCGCGCUGGCGGGGGCCAAGAGCGUCCGCUUCGCGCCUAGCGCGGCCGGCGGCCAGAGCGCCGGCGGGCGGAGCGCCGGCGGCCGCAGCCGCGGCGGCGCGAGCAGCGCGGGGGGCCGCGGGCGUGGGAGCGUUAGGGGCGGCAGCGUCGCCGGCGGGCGCGGGCAGCAGCACAGCGGCGAUAGGUUCAAGCCCAAGACGGGCGGCACUGGCGGCGACACCAAGGGCGGCGGCGUGGAGCCGUAUGCGUACUGGUCGUUUGACCGCAAGAUGCUCAACCGGCGCAAAGGCAAGCAGGCCGGCGCGACCAAGAAGCUGGGCACCCUGGUCAAGGCGGCGCAGGCGGGGGCGGCCAAGGGCGCCAAGGCCAAGCGGCAGGAAGCGGCCAAGCGGCAGAAACGGUGA